AUGGCUGAGACCCUAGCAGAGCAACUCGCCGUUGAAGAGACGGGUCCUGGCCAAUAUGUCUCCCUCACCACCCCUGAGCGCAUGGGCAACGCGCUCCCAAUCGCAUAUGGGGGCUGCACUCUAGGUAUAGCGACUCAUGCGGCUUACCAAACCGUCAAACCAGCGUAUUCUCUUUAUUCUCUCGUCGGCCAUUUCUUGGGUCCAGCAUCGACGAACGAGAAACUCAAAUGUACAGUUCACGAAACCCGGACGACCAAGACCUUUGCCACACGGCGGGUGCAAGUCAGCCAGCUUCAACCAGACGGGAAAAUGCGAGCGUGCAUGGAAUUGAUAGCCGACUUCCAAGUCGAAGAGCCCGCCAUGCUCAGUUACACGACGCCUCCUUCCAGGAAGUAUUCGGGAGUGGAAGGCGGUGUCUCCUUGGAUGAGAUGAAGGAGUCGGCAGUCUCUCAAGGCAAGGUGACUCGUGCGGCAGCAGAAAAGUUCCACAAGGGUUUCCGUAUGAUGGACACUUUCUUCGACUCGAAGUAUUGCCCCGAAGGAAUCGCGGCCCAGAAUGUCUUUGGCGGGCUGAAGAACGAACCCACUUCCCAAGAUCAUCUGCCGAUCACAGAGAAGAGCUCUGCCGACUGGAUACGGACGCGCGUGCCCUUGGAAUCCCGCGGUGAGAGGAUGGGAGCGGUUUCUUUCCUGAUCGAUGGUGCCAUCGCAUUUACGCCACUCGCGCACAAUCAUAUGUGGCUGGAUGACUCGGCAGCCUGUAGCACAUUGGACUUUGCCUUGCGGAUAUUUGUACCAGAUAUCGAUAUCAACUCCUGGCAUCUAAGAGAGCGGAGGACCAUGGCCGCUGGGUACGGAAGAAGUUACUCUGAAGCGCGCUUGUGGGAUGAACAAGGGACCAUGGUGGCUUCCAUGACUCAGCAGUGCAUCUUGCGUCCGAAGCCAGAGGCCAAGGCCAAGGCAGCACUUUAA